AUGCCUACAACAUUAUCAUCCGAUCGCUAUUCAGCAGCUUCAUCAUCAUCUACUUCUUCCACAUCAUCAAGCAGUUACUAUAAUAAUAACAAGCAUAAUAACAGUUCUUUAUCUCAAUCGUCUCGAUCAUCGUCGACAUUUCUACCACUUCGUCCUACAAAAUCAUCAUUUCACUUGUCGAAAUUAAGCAAUCCAAAUUAUCAUUCUAUGCAAUCACUUAAAAUUCAAAAGCAAUAUAAAACAAAUCAAACUCCUGUUGCUCGGAUAUCACCACUUGUUAUUAAUCAACAAAUAUCAUCAAGCGAUAUUUCAAGGCAGCAUGAGAAAGAUGAAGGUUGGCUAAGUUGUGAAGAACUUGAAACGAUUGAAAAACGUUUUACUGAUUUACUACAAGAACCAACUUAUAAAAAACCAACUAUCUUAAAUAAUUAUCAACAACAUGAGCAACGAGCAAAAAGUUGUGAUCGAUUAGUCAUAGACAAUGAAGAAUUAAAAUCAAAAAUUUUACCAAUGCCACGAAAAUCAUUGAUUGGUAAAGUGGACGAUGAAGAUGUACAAAAACGUAUCCAAUUGCCAGCAUCAAUCAUCUAUGAUAAUAAUACACGUCCUUGUUCUCAAACUUCUCAUCAAUCGGCUUCAUCAUUGACUCGAACAGUUCUUUCUGCAAACGAUAUUCUUAAAGUCGAAUCAUCUUAUCGAAGUAUUGGUACACAAGUAUUUGCUUGUCAUUGUUUAUGUGACUUAUAUAUAACAACAACUGAACGUUUAGCUAAACUUGAAGAUUGGAUACGGUUUCAACAUGGUUUACCCGUUUGGUUACUUAAUUCAGGUACUAAUCCGAAACGUCAAUCACGGUUAUCUUUAAUUAUUGCUGAAUGUGGUUCUGGUUUUCCGAUAUGGCAAGAUACAAUCAAUGGAUUUAGUGAUGUUAAACAAGCGCGUGCACAACAUAUAACAUUUCGUUUAUCUGAUCAAAUAACACUUGCUGUACUUCGUUUUAAUGAUUUAUCGGCAUCCAAAGAAUUUUUUUCAUAUUAUCAAUCAAUACGAAAUGAUGAUCGCUAUGAACAUUUAUUUUCAACAACUCUAUUAAAUAGACAUAGAAGUUCAUCAUGUGGUUCGUUAUUAAAAAAACGUCGAAAAACUCAAAAACAUAUUAGUAAAUCAUCAAUAUCAAAUCCGUGUCAAUUUCAACAUAUAACCUGUUUACAACUUAAAGAUCGUGCUCGUUUAAUAUCGCUUGAUCAAUGUCUAAUACCACAUCAAAAUUAUUCGAAUAAACGUAUUUGA